AAUAGUUUUGUAAGCUAAUAAGUACAGUAGUAGUAACUAAAGUUUUAAAUUCAAUUUCCUAGUCCCAUAGGCAUCAAAUUGAGAUGAUUCUUGAGGCAUUAGAAAGCUAAGAAGCAGAGCUACAAUUGAUCUUUCAGAAGCUCAACCCAGUUCAAUCAGUAUCAAUACAGAAUUUCAGUUGAAUGCAUGGGUUUGACAGAAGAAGGCUGUGCAGAUUGCAAGAAAAAAUAAAUGGGCUGUGUUUUCAGGGUGUGGGCUGGUAGCAGACCAGGCCCAAAAAGGUUAAAAAAGCCCUUGUCAAGAGGAAAAAGGAAACAAGUGGAAAUAUUUUAGAUAUAUUGUGCUCUGCGAACAAAAAAUUCAUGAGAGAAGACGAAGCCCCCCAAAAUCUGUUCGCAGACGAGGACCAAAGGGACGCCGCCAGCCAGAUCUGCAGAAGGACGCGCACAGCUUCUGUUUUCCUUCUGUCCUCUUGUGUUGCUUCUCAAAAAUUCUGCAGAGGAGGACGAUCCAAACCGAGGCGCAGACGCAGUAGCUUCUGUUUUGUUUCUCUUCCCCGACAGCCUUGCUUAGGAAAUCACCACAGCAGCACACCAUUGAGGACGCAGUGCAGUUCGGCUUGCUCUUCAUUGGGACUGGUUCUAUCUAUUUUUAAAUUCGAUUUUUAUCAUGAUUUUCUGCUGGGUUUUCCGAAUUAUGGCUGUCCAGAACUCAUCCUAGAUUCUUUGAACUAGGAUGGAUUUUAAUUUUUGGAUUAUGUGAUUUUUUUUUGUUUAACUCAAGAUUAUUGAUUAUUUACAUGAUGAGUUUAUGUUAUUUAGCUUAAUGUAUUGGGAAUUAAUUUAGUGAUUUAUG